AUGCAUCUCAAUCAGUUCUUUCACGUCAAGUACCUUCUACUUGGUAACGGAGAGGUUCUCAGUCUUGAUGAGCGUCACACAACCGCUCGAGAAGUGCAAGCUGCGCUCGAAAAGCAUGAAGUUGACCCAGAGGGUUAUGCCUGGUACACUGAAAUUCGAGAGCAUAUAUCGGUACUAACCACGGGCUGGGGCAUGGGUAUCGAGCGCUUUCUAGCUUGGGCAUUCCGCCAUGACGAUAUCCAGGACCUGACGAUCGUGCUAAAGAUGAAAGGAUUCAGGUUUGCUCCUUGA